AUGGCGGACAAGGAUGGAAAGCAGUACAAGUACCGGCAGGAAAUCCAGCAGAUGAUGUACGUCGCCGGCGAGACAGGCGAGCCCAGCAUCGAGACGAUGGGCAUUAUCGAGGAGAUUGUACGGCAGCAGGUCAUCGAGAUGCUGCGCGCAAGUACCGAGCUGGCCGCCCGCCGCGGCUCGCGGUCCCUGACCAUCAACGACUUGAUCUUCCAGAUCCGCGACGAUGCGGCCAAGGUCUCGCGCCUGCGCACCUUCCUGUCAUGGAAGGACGUGCGCAAGAACGUCAAGGACUCCGAGGACAAGGCCGGCGACGGUGCCGACAUUGGCGGCGCAGAGGAUCCCACGCUCGGCGGCGGGCCUGCGGGCGCAGGCCCCGUCGACGAGGCGGCGCAGAAGAACAAGAAGAAGAAGGUCGCGUUGCCGUGGGAGCCGAGCAGCUACUACAGCCAGGACGUCCCUGAGCGCGAGGACGAGGAAGACGAGGAGGAGGAAGAGAUGAACUACAUCACCCUGCAGCGCCUGCGAAAAGCAGACGAGCGCACCAAGGCGAUGACAAAGGAGGAGUACGUCACGUGGUCGGAAUACCGACAGGCCUCGUUUACGUACCGCAAGGGCAAGCGAUUCCGGGAAUGGGCUGGUUUCGGCAUCGUCACAGACAGCAAGCCGUCGGAUGACAUUGUCGACAUGCUCGGUUUCCUGACCUUCGAGAUGGUGUCGAUGCUGACCGAGGAGGCGCUCAAGAUCAAGGAGCAGGAAGACCUGUGGAGGGAGAGGACCGGCGGCGAGAACGCGGGCAAUAAUAAGAAGCGAAAGCUGCACCAGAGCUUGUUCGAUCCGCCGAGCGAGGGCCGGACGCCUGUCGAGUCGAGACACAUCCAGGAGGCCUUCCGCCGGCUGCAAGCCAGACCAAAGAAGGCCCGUGCUAUGUUAAACGGCACAAAACUACCUCAACGCUCAGCACUGAGGCUAUUUUAA